UUUUCGCCGUCGUGAUCAACGCCAUUUGUCGCUGGUUGCGUGUGGCGGCUGUGUGUGCGUCGCUUCAGCACGAAAACGGAUAAUUUUUUUUCGUAAAUCGGGCCGCCUUUCAGAAACCUCGCCAUGUCCGCUCACGAGCAGAUGCGCCAAAUGCUGGACCAGCUAAUGGGCACCGGCCGGGAUGGCGAGAACAACCGGUACAAGGUGCACUUCACGGAUCCCCGGGUGUGCAAGAGCUUCCUGCUGGCCUGCUGCCCGCACGACAUCCUGGCGUCCACGAGGAUGGACUUGGGCGACUGCCCCAAAAUCCACGACCUGGCCCUGCGGGCUGAUUAUGAGAACGCCUCCGCGAAGAAGGACUACUUUUACGACGUGGACGCAAUGGAGCAUCUGCAAAACUUCAUUGGCGAGUGUGACCGUCGAACGGAACAGGCCAAGCGGCGGCUGGCUGAGACGCAGGAGGAGUUGAGCGCAGAAGUCACGCUCAAGCUGAACCGUGUGCACGAGCUGGCGGAAAAUAUGGGCAAAAAGCUGGCUGCGGCAGAGGCGAAAGGUGCCGAUGGCAAUGUCGAAGAGUCGCUCAAGCUCCUCGAAGAGGUGGAAGAGAUUCGGCGGAAGAAGGCGGAGGCAGAACAGGACUACCGCAACUCCAUGCCUGCCUCGUCAUACCAACAGCAAAAGUUGCGGGUGUGCGACGUGUGCUCCGCCUACCUGGGCAUCCACGACAACGACCGCCGGCUGGCCGACCACUUUGGUGGCAAGCUGCACCUGGGCUUCAUUGCCAUCCGUGAGAAGCUGGCCCAGCUCAAGCAGACCGUCACCGACAAGCGCGAGAAGGCGCGCGCUGAACAGCUCGCCGAGCGGGCCUCCUCCCGUGGCGGAUCAGCCCCGUGGCGAGGCGGGCCGGACAACCGGAGCCGCAGCCGGAGUCCUGCUGGCCGUCGUGGCAUUGACGAUCGCCUUGUGCGUCGCAGGUCACGGUCACGUGAACGGCGUCACCGGAGUCGCUCGGGAUCGCGGGAUCCCUCUGCGCGCCAUCGUUCUAGAGGCUCUCCAAGAGACCGGAAGCGCGACCGUAGUCGCGAGAAGCGGCGAGACAGUCGGCAUCGGCGGUCGCCUCGCGAGCGCAGAGGUUCGCGUGAGAGAAGACAAGAGCGGGCUGAUAGCGAGGAAAACCACAGACUGGAAAAGUGAAGCACCCCAUCACUGAUAUAUGAAGUGCAAUGCUGCAAGGACAGAAGAAGAGCACUCGUUCCAACGCAUUGCAGCAGGACUUUCUCGAACGAUUUGUAAAUACAAGCGGCGUUGCAUCUGACUGCCGGUCUCUUUAACCGUGAAAGCUAGUUCACGGAAAUACGUCAAAUUGAGUUUUUCAUUUCCGUUUCAUUGCUGACCUUCAAGCACCGUUCGUUGCGCUGCUGUGUCUCUCCCUCAUCGUUUCUUUUCAUCAUUUCUGUAAAGUGUAUCGCACUCGACACAUGUUCAAUGAAUGCAAAUAAACAUUUGGGAGAAUAGC